CGGCGGCCGGGCUGCCUGGACGGAGCGCGGCGAGAGCGGCGCGGCAGGAGGGGAGCUCCGGACCAGCCCGGCGCGCUCUGCAGAGGCGACCUUCCGGCCGACUCUCGGGACCCCGCGGGCGGCGUCGCAGAUUUCUGCUUGGUAAAUUAAGCAAAGGCAAGAGAGGCUAAUCUGUCUAAGUUCUGAGUGCCGCCCUCUGCGAGGCCCCGCUAACAGACCCCAGGGCCACGUCCGCUGCACCACCAGACCCCCACCCCGCCCCAGACCUUGCUCUGGGGUCUGCCUGAGGCCAGCAGUGUGAAGAUGGUCAGCGCCUUCCUAGCAUGACGACCUUGGACCAUGUGAUCGCUACCCACCAGUCGGAGUGGGUCUCCUUCAAUGAAGAGCCGCUCUUUCCUGUCCCUUCUGAGGGGGGCACCGAAGAGCACCUCGCAGCAGCAUCUUCUUCCUCAGAUCAGUCCGAGAGCUCCUCCGGGGAGAACCACGUGGCGGAUGGAGGCUCUCAGGACCUUUCCCACUCAGAGCACGAUGACUCUUCUGAAAAGAUGGGCCUCAUCUCUGAAGCGGCCUCCCCUCCUGGGAGCCCUGAGCAGCCCCCGUCUGACCUGGCCUCGGCCAUCAGCAGCUGGGUUCAGUUUGAAGACGAAAAACCCUGGGCCAGCACAUCACCACCUCAUAAAGAAGCAGGUGGGACAGCCAUAUCACUGACCAUGCCCUGCUGGACGUGCCCUUCCUUCAACUCCCUGGGGAGAUGCCCUCUGCCCUCCGAGAGCAGCUGGACCACACAUUCUGAAGACACCAGUAGUCCUAGUUUUGGCCCCUCGUACACAGACCUGCAGCUCAUCAGUGCCGAGGAGCAGAGUGGGCCAGCUUCCGGGGCCGACUCUACUGACGAGAGGACGGAGUGGCAGACAGACAGGCAGGCCGCGGUGAGUCCUGUUCCAGCAUGCACGGAGCAUACCUCUACCCGCACCUACGUCCUGGACCCCUCGCCGCCCUCCACCCACCCCAGGAGGAGCCAGAGCCCCGGCCAGGGUCCACAGGGGGCCUCUGCCCCCCAUGACAAUUCUUCCUCUCUUCAGGAAGAUGAAGAGGUAGAGAUGGAGGCCGUCAACUGGCAGGCCAGCAGUCCAGCCGUGAACGGACACCCCGCCGCUCCUGCGACCUCUGCUCGUUUCCCUAGCUGGGUCACUUUUGAUGACAAUGAUGUCAGUGGCCCUUUGCCACCGAUCACCUCUCCUCUGAAGCCGAAGACACCACCUCUUGGAUCUGUGAUCCCAGAUGUACCUUAUAACUCAACUGGGUCGUUUAAGAAGAGGGAACGUCCCAAGAGCACUUUGAUGAACUUCUCCAAAGUUCAGAAGCUGGACAUUUCCUCCUUAAACCAUCCGCCUUCCGUGCCCGAGGCUCCUCCUUGGAGGGCAACCAAUCCUUUUCUGAAUGAGACUUUACAAGAUGUACAGCCCUCCCCUAUCAACCCUUUCCGUGCUUUCUUUGAGGAGCAGGAGAGGCGCUCCCAAAACCAUUCCAUGUCUGGCACCACAGGCAAAGGCCAGAGAGAUUCUCUCAUUGUCAUCUACCAGGAUGCCAUCAGUUUUGAUGAUUCAAGCAAGAACCAUUCACAUUCUGAUGCUGUUGAAAAACUCAAACGACUCCAAAUUGAGGAUCCUGACUGCUUAGGGAGUACGACUCUCCCUGAUGAUGACCCAAUAGCCUGGCUUGAACGAGAUGACCACCUGCCAGGUUCCGUGCUGUCCCAGCCCAGGGAUGGGUGGCCCAUGAUGCUUAGGAUCCCAGAGAAGAAAAACAUCAUGUCCUCUAGGCACUGGGGACCCAUCUACAUCAAACUGACGGACAGUGGGUACCUGCAGCUGUAUUAUGAGCAGGGCCUGGAAAAGCCAUUCCGUGAGUUCAGGCUGGAGAUCUGCCAUGAGAUUUCAGAACCCCGGCUCCAAAACUACGAUGAGAACGGCAGGAUCCACAGCUUGAGGAUAGAUCGCGUCACCUACAAGGAGAAGAAGAAAUACCAGCCUAAACCUGCUGUGGCCCACACGGCAGAGAGGGAACAAGUGAUUAAGCUGGGCACCACCAAUUAUGAUGACUUCCUGAGCUUCAUCCGUGCAGUUCAGGACCGUCUCAUGGACCUGCCGGUAUUGUCAAUGGACUUGAGCACAGUGGGCUUGAGCUACCUUGAAGAGGAGAUUACCGUGGAUGUCCGAGAUGAAUUCUCUGGCCUUGUGAGCAAAGGAGACAACCAGAUUCUCCGGCACCGUGUCUUGACACGGAUCCACGUCCUUAGUUUCCUCUCUGGCCUCGCCGAGUGCCGCUUGGGCCUCAAUGAUGUCCUCGUCAAAGGGAACGAGAUCGUUUCCCGGCAAGACAUCAUGCCCACCACCACCGCAAAGUGGAUCAAGCUCCACGAGUGCCAUUUUCACGGGUGUGUGGAUGAGGAUGUAUUCAACAGCUCACGGGUUAUUCUGUUCAACCCUUUGGAUGCCUGCCGAUUUGAGCUAAUGCGGUUCAGGACCGUAUUUGCCGAGAAGACCUUGCCUUUCACACUCAGGACCGUGGCAAGCAUCAGCGGGGCAGAGGUGGAGGUGCAGAGCUGGCUGAGGAUGUCGUCUGGCUUCUCCUCUAACUGUGACCCUCUCACUCAGGUUCCCUGUGAGAAUGUGAUGGUUUGCUACCCUGUGCCCAGUGAGUGGGUGAAAAACUUCCGCAGGGAAAGUGUCCUGGGGGAAAAGUCUUUGAAAGCCAAAAUGAACCGGGGGGCAAGUUUUGGCUCAACUAGUGUAUCUGGCUCUGAGCCUGUCAUGAGAGUAACUCUGGGAACUGCCAAGUAUGAGCACGCCUUCAACUCCAUUGUGUGGAGGAUAAACCGGCUGCCUGACAAAAACUCAGCUUCUGGUCAUCCACACUGUUUCUUCUGCCACCUUGAACUUGGCUCUGACCGGGAAGUGCCUUCCAGAUUUGCCAGUCACGUGAACAUCGAAUUCAGCAUGCCUACAACUUCUGCCUCCAAAGCUGCCGUAAGAUCCAUCUCUGUGGAAGACAAGAUGGACGUCAGGAAGUGGGUCAAUUAUUCUGCACACUACAGCUACAAGGUGGAAAUUGAGCAAAAAAAGAGUUUGAAGCCAGACUUUGAAGGAGAUGAAAUGGAAAAUCCCAAGGAGUGUGGGGUCCAGUGACAAAGUCCUACUGCAGGGGGCCCUGGCCCAAGCAUCACAAUAGGAUGUCUUCCCAAAUAGCUGAAGUUCAAGCCAUGGCUACUCCCAUGUUGGGAACCGUGUAUUGGACCUCCCUGUUUGUAGUUACCUGGAUUCUAACAGGAAACCCUAAGGUGGUUGCUUUGGAGAGGCUCUGAUCAUGCCUGAAGCACCUGGGUCACCUGACUUUGGGAGCUUGCUGUAUAAUUAAGGCUCCUCUCCACUCUGCUUAUCUCACAGCACUUGGGUGUGGUUUGUGACUGAUAAAGUGAGGAAAAGGAACUCCACAUCAGUGUUGGCACGAUUUCCUUCUGAUGUUCAUCUGUCACUUACAUCAGUUUCUGGAAAACAAUCUUGAGAAGUUAAUGAACUAAGACUCCAUCUCUGUCACUUCCUUUAGAAAAAGCUGAGAAAAGGUACAAAACCAAUUUCCUCUUUGGGUCUGCUAGACCAUUCAUAGGUGUCUCCAUUCUUCAAAUGUUAACACUAUGCAACAGAAGUUUUUGAGAUGUUUCCCUCCUGGUUCUAGAUUGUUUUGAUUGAAACACUUUUCCAUCUUUCUAAGGUGUCAGUCCUAGGGUUCAUCACCCCAGGUCACAAUAGACAAUGCAAAAAAGGCAUAAUAACAGGACACUUUUAAAUUCUGUGAUUAGCCCCACAUUCUGCAAAGAGCGGCUACUGAAGGGAAAGCAAAAUUGAGCUUAUUUUUCUUCCUUCUGGGGAAAAGAACCAUUCAUUGUAAGAUUAUAUUCAGUGCAGGAGACAGCUUCAAUCUCAGUGAAUUUCCAAAUUCACACUGAAAAAUACAGGCCAUUUCUGAUUCCUGAAACAGAGGGAUACAUAUAUCUCAGGCAUUUGUCAGGGGCAUUUGGGAACUCUUUAUACCUCAUAGCCAAUAGACAGCUACAUAUCUCUGUAACUCAAACUUUACAGGAAAUAUAGGUUGAAAAGAUUAUUUUAAAAGCUGUUUCAAAACUAAGCUUGUAUGAGCUUUUCCUAAAAAUUCAGAGUUUGAUAAUCACAGUAUUGUAAUAGAUCUAAAAAGCAGAAGACUCUAGGGCACAGAUGGGGGAAAGCCGUAUUUUUUCUAACGUUGGGAACAUUAAAUCCUGAUUCCAAGAAUCUAGGACGCUCAAUAUUCUUUCUCUUCAUCUGUUACAGCUCACAUUCUGUACCUCUGCAUCCCAAAGGGGAUACGAGCUCAACAAUUUAAAGCUAGCUUAUCUGCCUUUCUAUUUCUCCCGUGAAGAACAGAGUAAGGGACACAGAAAGCAUGCUUAUCAGAUUUGUAGAUGACACAGAAAUAGACAUAUAUCUAGUCUGCUGAUGGGCAGAUUCAGGAUUAAUUCAUUCCGUGAAUACUCAUUGACUUCUAACUAUGUAUUGACAUUAGGAUAUAGAAAUCAUUGUAAUUUUUUGAAAUACCUGAACAUGAGAUUGAAACUUAAAGGAUGAAAUUGAAUAGGCAUUAAUGAGAACUCUAUAUUCUGAGUUUCUUAAAUGCAACCCUCUACAUACAGAAUGGGGUACCUGUGUGUGUACAGAUGUGUGUGUUUACCUGUGUGUGUUAAUGGGAAGGGUGCUGGAAAGUCCUGGUUUCCCAGCAUUUUUUGUAUAAAAUGUUUUCUUAGGGAAAUGUGAGUUCAGUUUUGAAUCAGGAGUAUAUCAUAGCUAUUCACAAAACUAAUGCAUUCAGCCUGUGGUAACAGAGGUCUAGGGAGGCCUGCAUACUGCACUGGUCAGUCCACAUCUGGAUGGAGGACUGGGCUCAAUGCUGGGAACCACAUUUUAAGAGAGACGUUAAUAAACUGUGUCCAGAAUCAGGUGGCCAGGGUUGUGAAGAGUCUGAUUAUACACGGAAGAGGAGAAUAGUUCCCCUGAAGAACAGAAGGUAUCCCUAGAAAGGGAAGAAGAAAUGAUAUAAUAGCUGCCUUGAAAUCUCUGUUGAGUUAUAAAAGGGGAGAGGAACUGGACUUUUCCUGUGUUGCUUCAAAGGGCAAAAAGAGGAGCUUUACAGAUGACAGAUGUUUGCGUCAAUGUAAGAACUCUGUAAUAACACUUGUUCUGAAGAGGAAUGGACUCAAAUAGUAAAAUCUCCAGUUGUUGCAAAUGCCCAAAGGCUAAAAUAACCCAUCCUAAAAUGCUAUGAAAGGGACUCAGAUUGGAUUUGGGCUAGAUUCUUUCUACAUAAAGGUUUAGUUUCAAUAAUAAUAGGACUCUCUAACUCUUUUUUUUUUUUUUUUUUUAGUUUAAGUGGUUUUUCUUGCUCUUUGAAAUACAGUGGGGUCCCCUAGAGGUCUUUGUUAAGUUGUGCUGAAAGCACAUGAGACUCCUCAUAGAAACUUCGAGAUGGGUUGAAGAAUUGGCAAGGUGAAGGUCAUUCUAGCACCUUAUUUACCCAAGGUUAGCACCUGUGCACCCUCUCAAGAUCUCUGCUUCACCUGCUAGCAUCACAUGUGUAUUAGUGGUUGAAACCUUUUUUCCUGUUGGUUAAUUCUCAUUGCCUUUAUGAUUUCACCUGGACAUUUUUUAUUAAACCAAGGGUUGGGAAAAUCCCUUCCAUGCUAUCUACAUUCAGCAAUCAAAUUAUCAUUCAUUUUUAAAAAACCUACCACCUUGAUUUCAUCAGAUUUGUUUUCCCUGUACUGUUUUUUGGAAACUGAUUAUGGGUAGCAUUUAGGGGGCUGGGAAAUAUAAUACUAUAUAUUUUUAGACGUAGUUUCUGUGUAGUUUUGUUAAUAGCCUACACAGAAAACACAGUUGGGCAAAUACCUUUUUGAUAUGCAGAUUCUAAGUUUGCCACCCUGGACUUGGAUUUUGUGUUUGUGUGGCCACAAAUAAUCCUUGUCUAUGUUAUCAAUAAUAUGAAAGUAUUAGAAGUGAAUUGAUUUUACCAAUACAUAGUCUUACUAUUACUAUUAGAACAUAAAUUAGAUGUCCCAUGAUAUCAAGAGCUGUGCUUUUUUUUUUUUUUGGUCUGAUGACUUGCUUUUGACUUUAUAGUAAAGGAGGAUAAGAAAUGUACUCAUUAUGAUAUAUCAAACAAGAGAAUAUGAGGUACUUUGUAGGGGGAGUAUUAAACCCCCUUUGCCACUCUUGUAAACACAGUACUAGUUAUGCCAUAUCAAAACUUUGUAUUCACUUAUAUUAAAUAUAAUCUGGACAGGUUUUUUUCUAUUUUGUUCUCCUCCUCACCCCCGCCCACCCCAACCUUCCUGCAUUAUUGGCAGGGCUCAUAACCCUUGAGAACUUUUUUGACUGCACUGCGCGGCUUGCAGGGUCUUAGUUCACCCCGGCCACCGCAUUGAAAGCACCGAGUUCUAACCACUGGACAACCAGAGAAUUCCCAAGAACAUUUUUUAAUGUAAAAUAUUUCUUAUUUGAAAUGAGAGUAAUUUCAUUUCAAAUCCUGCAGAUGAGGGCAGGAGCUUAUUUCCCUAGAAAUUCACAUUCCCAAGAAAUGUGACCCAUGGAGGCAAGAAAUGUAUCUUAUUCUUUGUUUCCAGCACCUAGCACCAAGCUUGGAAUAUAAGAAGUUUCAGCUACCUUAAAUCCCGAGCUGAUAGGACAAACAGAUAUUAAGGAAAUAAAGGAAAAUUACUAGGUAUUUGGUAAAUGUUUGCUGCAUGAAUACUGACCCUUUGACUCUAAGACUACCUAACCCUUACUUAUCAUCAAAUACUUACAUUCAAGCAUGCAAGCAUGCUUUUAUUUCCUGGAGCACUUAAGGAAUUUUUCUUUCCUUGCUUCCACUGUCAACUAAUGAUAACUGUCAGCACUUAAGCACGUAAUGUGCAGCUGAAUUUAAACUCCAGGGUACCUUAUUUACAUUGAAAAACAUUUUUGUGCCCAAAGACAACACUAGCACAGAUGCUGUCGCUAGUCCAGAUUAUUGAUUCAGUUUUGUUCUUGCAAGUCAGACAGCUCUGUGAGCCUGAGCCCUGCCCAUCCGAAUGGUCAGAGGGAGAAGAGCAUUUAACACAGUACAUGGACAGUCCUGGUGUGCUAGGUCUUUGUUUUCACCAACAUUAACUACUGACCAAUGUUACUGUGUGUUUAUGUUGUCACCAUAGUAAGAUGGAGGCCUGAGGUAGUAAGGCUGAAACGUGUGAAGUGACAUCAUGAUUUCAGAGGUGCUUUAAAUCUCCUAAGUUUCGUGGUGGGAAAACAGAGAAUGAUCUAAAAUUUUUCUUAAAAGUCUUGAAAAUAUUAAGUUGAUUUGAAUAGGCAGCAUUGCCAUCUAGCCUACUUUAAAAAAUUUUCUCAGUUGGCAGUGGUAACUUUAACUCUUCUACGAAUGAUGAUUGUAAGUUAAUUCUAGCAUAUCUAGAGUUUAGGUCAUGUUAAGAAUGCAACAGGAAAUUCUAACUGACCAAAAAACUAAAUCCACAAAAAAUAUCAUCUAGUAAAGGAAUUAUCUCUUAACAUUUUACUAACAAGUGUCAUCCAAACCAUGACAGCUCUUAUAGAAAAUUAGUCAUAGUAUUCUAACCAACUUCUAAACAUGUUUUCUAAACAUCACCAAUGUCUAAGUGCCAAUUCCCUACAAGUCACCAUUUCUUAAUUACGUUCUUUGUAAAUGCAACUUACUUUGGAUAUUGUGACUCAUAUUUAUGUAUUUAAGGAAUUAAAAGUGAAAGAGACAUAAAUGUAGAAAAUAAAUGUGUGUAUCAGUAGCGUUUUCCCAUGUAUUAAUACCUAAAGCAGGAAUAUGGAAUUUUUACAUUUAUUCUACUGUGCCUUUGCAAAUCUGAUUGAGCAUCUAGUCUCUAACAAUUGGGAAAAAAACAGUAUCUCUAAAUUUGCAAUUCCAGGCCUGUAGAGGCAGAAACCAUAAUUGUAUGUUUGGUAGUGCUUAGAGAGAGGCAAAUAAUAAUUACAUGUAAUGAAAAGCUAUAAAAGAACAGAAUCAAAAAAUAGAAUUGCACUAUGAAAAGAUAUAGAGAAGCAACAAAUACAGCACUGGCCACCAAACCUCAAAAUACUUGAACUAGAGGCUAUCCCUUAAAUGUAAGGAGCUCCAUGAAUAAUAAAAGAUUGCCUAGCAGGGAUAAACAAUAGAAUUAAUUCAGUUCAACAAACAUUUGGUCAAGGUACUGUCUCAGCAACCAGCUCGUCCCUAAAGGGAGUUAAGGCCAAACACAAGGACAUUGAGGACUGUUGAUGUAAAGACAUGGGUGGGAGUGCACUUUAUCAAGGGAGAACUGGAGUUUCUAUGCACCUUUAAAGGACACAGUCAUGGAGACAAUCAUCAUGUUAAGUUACUUGCUAUUUUCCCAGCUGGGCUUCAGAAACCUCAGCUUAAAAAAGUGAGGACGCUGGACUAAUUGUUCCCUCAGGUCUUUCCAGCUCCAGUUUUAUGGAUUACUUUACAGACUAUCCUUUGGUGCCACUGUCAGUGAUACUUCACAUCAACGGGACUCUUCAUAUAAUCUUAAGAGCCAAGAAGUUUAAAAUUUGAAUACUGGGAAAAGCAGCUGGCCCAUCUCUUCCCUUUUUAUGUCUCUGUCCUUUACCAUCUGCCCGGACAACCCUGCAAUCCUUUAUUUUGUAGCUGCCUUCAAAACACAGAUAAACAUGGAGGAUCAAAAGGAUGGUGAAGAUGAGUUGGAUCACUGCUCUGGAAGUUCCUCUGGCCUCACCCAGCACAACAGUGGUGUGAAGGGGAAGAGGAACAGAUAGGACUUGGGUACUAUUUGAAGCAGAAGUAAAUCUAACCCUCCAAGAUACCGAGGGGGCUAUGUCAGGAUGGUCAACGAUUUAUAGAUAUGUCCCUUCAUACAAAAGACUGCAGAAAUCGAGGAAGGAUUAAAAAAAAACAAACAGUAAAUAUUCUGGGACUGUCUGUAACACAGUUACGGCAAAAUGAGAUAAAAGGGUCGGUCCUCCCUCUCUUCACUGUCUCUUAGAAACAAGAAAAUGUAAUUUUUAAUUUUUAAAAAACAUGUACAAGCUACAGAAUAGCAUCUCUUUUGUGUUAUGUGUUAGUAUGAUUUUAGUUUCCUGUACUAAGAGUUGCUCAAAUGUAAUGGCUCGAUUCCAGCCAGACAAGGUGAAGGAAUUCCAGUGUCCUCUUCCUGUUCGGUCCCAUCUUCUGCCUCAGAUCAAACCCUCAGUGCUGGCUGUGGACACCAUCUAGCCACACUGUGACUGAAGCCUUAAGCACCAGUGUCUUGCAUCUGUGUGCUUCAGGAUCAGCGCCCCCAUGUGGUGUCUAACGGGACCAGUUCUGGGAAAGCAGAUGUGCAGUCAGAUCUUGAUGGCAACCUGUUGGACCAAAGCAUCUAAGGGUUUUGAAGUACUGAAGUGACAGAGGGAAGAAUAUGAACUCCUCUGACCCCAGGUCAGCAUGCAUUUAACCUUUGUGUCAACCUGCCAACAGAACCUGGAGAAAGUUUACCAUAUUCAAGAUAUUAAACAGAAUCAGUGUUUUAAGCCAGGGAGUGAUAAAAGAGCAGCCCCUCCUCACUCUCCAUUUUUGUAAUGCUCAUAGUGAAUUUCAACGUGUCAGGAUGGAGGGACCCAAGAUCCAGUGAAUGAUUCAGUUGAUCCAAGGCCUGGAUUUUCCUUCCUUCAUCAUCUACCCUCAUUCAACGUAACUUCUUGUAGUAUUGUGAUUUAUUUUAUGUAAAAACAGUUUACUUAAAAAAAAAAUGUGCCUAUGUAAUAAAGUCUACACACUGGCUAACUCUA